AUGGCCGUAUGUUUGCUAAAAAAUGGUAAAUCAUUUUGGAUGAUGCAACAGGACACAUUUUGGCUUAAAAAUAUUUUUGAUUUACGCUUUGAAGAGAACUACGAAUAUGAUGCAAUCUUUGAUCAGAUCGGCUUUGAUAAUGCUUCACAGCGAGCAGAAUGGAUUAAUGGUGCAAAUUUUUUCGUACAUGCAAAUAACAGUACAAUAAAAUUCUUCGAAGCUGUAGCUCGUAAAUUAGCCCAUUGGUAUACACCGGAUAUGGGUAUUAUGAUACAUCAAUGUCAUACAUGGAGCGAGCCAAAAUGUAACUAUAUCCCGCAUAAAAUUGCAAAUUCUUGGGAAUGGAUGUAUACGAAUCAGAAAAAUCCACCAUACAUUCUUCAGUUAGAUUGUGAAACAGAUGGCAGUUCUAAAUUAAUGCAAUUAGCCAAAUUUGGAUUUUACUUUAUGAACAGCGAUAACCAUAGGGUAUGUAAUCAAACAGCAGUAGAAUAUGCAAGAAAACGAAUGGAAGAUGGUAAAAUUGAAGUAUCGAGGAAUCGACUUAGUUGGGGUCGUUUUCAAUUUAAAGUAUAUUGGUGGAUUGUUGAUCAUAUGCUUAGUACGCCAAUUAUUGGGGCAUUAAUUAAGCCUUAUCUUCCGCUUAUUGGUUUUAUUAUUAUGAUUACCAUUUAA